GAGAGAGAGAGAGAGAGAGAGAGAGAGAGAGAGAGAGAGAGAGAGAGAAUGGCAAAGACAGCUAGCCAAGAAGCAGGAGAGGGGAGGGAGGAGUGAUUGAACAGGCAGAAGAGGGAACAGGAUGGCACUACCCAGCUUCCACCCACAUAGCCCCAGGCCAAGGAGAGGCACAGGUAGGAAGAGGUUAAGAAACCUCGAGCUCCGGAGACGGAAGCCAUCCGCGUGCUGGUAAUGGCACAGAUUGGAGAGUCCCCGAGGGAAUCCUUGACCGUGGUCCCUGAGCUGGCUCGACCAGUUACCCCCGAAGUUGCUGUCAGCUGGACGCAGGAAGCACCCCUCUCAGCAAAUGCUCCCCUUGGCCCCAGAAGAUUUCUGCUGUGCCUGGCAUGAAUUCUGGUCUGGGGAUUCUUACGUCUGCACCAGUCUAUAUGUGAUGAAGCCAAGAUAUGGCUGGAGAUUCUAGGAAUUCCAUGAACCAAGACAUGGAGAUUGGAACCACCCCCAGAGACCCCAGGAAGAUUCCCAAACAGGCCCGUGAUUAUGUCCCCAUUGCUACUGAUCGGACACGUCUCCUGACAGAAGGCAAGAAGCCCCGCCAGCGAUACAUGGAGAAGAGUGGCAAGUGUAACGUGCAUCAUGGCAACGUCCAGGAAACCUAUCGUUACCUGAGUGACCUCUUCACAACACUGGUGGAUUUGAAAUGGCGCUUCAACCUCCUUGUCUUCACAAUGGUCUACACCAUUACUUGGCUAUUCUUUGGCUUUAUUUGGUGGCUCAUUGCAUACAUUCGGGGAGACCUAGACCAUGUUGGGGACAAAAACUGGGUUCCUUGUGUUGAAAAUCUCAGUGGCUUUGUCUCUGCCUUUCUAUUCUCCAUUGAGACAGAGACCACCAUUGGGUAUGGCUUCCGGGUCAUCACAGAGAAAUGUCCAGAGGGGAUCAUCCUCCUAUUGGUCCAAGCCAUCCUAGGUUCCAUAGUCAAUGCCUUCAUGGUGGGCUGCAUGUUUGUCAAGAUUAGUCAGCCCAAGAAGAGGGCAGAGACUCUCAUGUUUUCUAACAAUGCUGUCAUUUCUAUGCGGGAUGAUAAGCUUUGCCUCAUGUUCCGGGUGGGUGACCUCCGCAACUCUCAUAUCGUAGAGGCCUCCAUCCGGGCUAAACUCAUCAAGUCCAGGCAGACCAAAGAAGGGGAGUUCAUUCCCCUAAAUCAGACAGAUAUUAAUGUGGGCUUUGACACUGGGGAUGACCGCCUCUUCCUGGUCUCACCACUCAUCAUCUCCCAUGAAAUCAAUGAGAAGAGCCCUUUCUGGGAGAUGUCCAGGGCACAGUUGAAUCAGGAGGAAUUUGAGGUGGUAGUCAUCUUAGAAGGCAUGGUAGAAGCUACAGGCAUGACUUGCCAGGCCCGCAGCUCUUAUAUGGACACUGAGGUUCUCUGGGGUCACCGCUUCACGCCAGUCCUCACCCUAGAGAAGGGCUUCUACGAGGUAGACUACAACACCUUCCAUGACACCUACGAAACCAACACACCUACCUGCUGUGCCAAGGAACUGGCAGAGGCCCAGAGAGAAGGACGCCUCCUUCAGUACCUCUCUAGCCCCACCCUGCUAGGGGGCUGUGCCAAGGAGGGAUUGGGCCAAAAAGCAGAGGAAGGAGAGGAAGAAGCUGAAGGGCUGGGUAGAGUCAGAGAGACUAGUAGCUCUGUGUGACUCCCAUGCCCCAAGGGGAUGGACCAUAACCUCCCAGUGGCUUUUCUCCAGCCAGAGACCCCAAAUUGACCCAAUGAGGCAAACGGAGAUGGGUUAUUUAGGUGGCCCUGGAAGUGAUAGAGGCUCUGAGAAGAUAGGUAUUUUAGCAAACCCUUCCCUUUCCUAAUGUGAUGCUAUCCUGUGCACCAUAACACAUAGCCCUGCCUCUAGAGACAUUGCUAAGCUGCCCAUUUCUUACACCUGUGGGGGUCACAGCUCUGCCCCUCCCAUCUUGUCCCAACUGAAUGACAUCCAGGGGUCCGAGGUGAAAGUUGGAUUUUCUGCCUUAUAGUUGUGCUGUCUUUGCUUUUUUGCUGCUUAGCCCCCUGUUUCUCUUCCCACUGACCCUGGUACUUUCCCUAAACUGUACAUCUGGGCAGCCCUCAUCAAGGGACGCGGACAUUGCUGAAGGGCUGAGUUGGGAUAGGGUAGUAGGAAGGAGCAAGGGGCACUUCUUCCCUGGAGCCUAUUAGGCCGUGAAAUAGAUUCCCAAAGGAGACAUCCCCUCCCCUCAGAGAAGGAAGCAUUUUCAUUUGGAAGCUUUUGUCGGUUCUUGGGGCCGGCAUUGAAGAAAGAAUAUUGUAUGAGAUCAGCGUUCCUAGUGUGCUGAGUUAGGUUUGUUUUUCAAAUGUAGCCUAUUCACUCUCCUAGAAGUUACUAGUAAAACCUGAAUCUAUGUGCUAGCAAAAUCAGACCGGGGAUAUCAGCUUAAGUUUGGGUUUUUAUUAGCAAUUUUAAACAGCAUGUUCCUUUUCGUGCUGUGCUCCUCAAAUCUCCACCAGGUCAAGGAACACCAAACACUGGUUCUGUCACAGAACACUUUUGCCCAUGGAACUCGAAACACUUCUAACUUUCCCCUUAUUUUUCUUUCAUGUACCAGAGUGAGCUUAGGGUGAGAGCUGCAGAAAGUGAGAAGGUUUAAAGACCUGGUGUUAAAGCUGGGAGGGCAGAGAUAAAAGGGGAAGGUUUAAAAGGAGGGGAGAAACUAUAGAUUAAUUUUUAAAUGCUCACCUGCAAAAAUUAGUUGCCAGGUUCUCCUGAUUCUGAGUUCAACAGUGCGCCUAUUUUUAGGGCCAAUCAUGACAUGUAAGGGGAUAGUCAAAAGUAACCUUUUCACCAAAGCAAUUAAAUCUCCAGGCUGAGGCAAGUGGCCCAGUUUAAAUUACUAACAGUGUUGAAAGAAUUCCAGGGCUUUGGCAACGUUCCUGUGAAUGGUCAAAUGGAAAUACUAGGUGCUGUUUGAUGUCAAAAACUAAGCUCAGGCGUCACACUCAAGAGAACCAGUAGGAAAGAAGAGGAGCAGGACUCACUCUUUCACAUUCUCCCUCCUCAUCCCCAUGGGAAAUGUGAGAAGAACUAGGGAUCUUUGGGAAGAUGGGAAGUGAGGAGAUAUAAACAGGGGGAACAAUAUCCAAAAAUGUUAUGUUGUGUAAGAGCUAAGCUAUUUUUCAUCUCAAGGUAUGGGGAGAGAGUAUGGAUCAAUGCAUAGAAGUCACAGGGAUUAUUUAGUAGAUGAAGCCUGGAAGGUGAGAGGGAAGGUAUAGCUUUUGUCUGUCUAAAUGGAUGGAGGGAGAGGGAGAAUUCUAAUUGGCUAACCAUGCGUGGAAGAAAAUGUUUCUAAAGAUAUCAAGGUUUCAGAAUUCUCUUCAGUCUCCAAAAUUGAUAUUGCCCCUACCUGCACUUAACCCUAGCCACCCAGUUAGUUGUCUCUUCCUCCUAUUAGCAUUACUAUAUAUAGUGAUGCCCCCAAAAUCUCUAUCUUGCAAAGUCAGAGUUACUUCUCAAAGAGGCUGUGAAAAUUAAGCUAAAAUGGAGUAGACAAAAAGAAAAUGACGCAAAGUGGAUUCCGUUUCUCUUAUAUCUUCUUCCUGGUUUCUGAUAGACCUAAAUUAUGCUUCUCAUUGGCUUGUUUUCUAGGUAGCCAAUAAUGCUGCUUCCCUCUUAGCUAGCAUUCUUCUUAUCGCCUUGGAAUAUGUAGCCCUUUCUCCAUUCCCAGCUCUGAUACCUUUCCUGUCCUCUCAGCUCUGCUUCUUGACUGUCAGAGGGCCUAAGCAAAGAGGAGAGCAGUAAAGUGGCCUGCUGGUCCAUCAGGUCAUGGUCAGAUCACAUGGACUAUGUACAUGGUGAUGUGCUACUCUGACUUCCUCUAUAAAAAACAACAGUAACCUGGAAACUGCCCUUUACCUCCCAAGAGCAACAAUAACAAACCAUACUCACAAAGUACUUCAAGGCUUACAAGAUACUCUUCUCAGCAAAACCCAUGAACUGGGUGUGGGGUUAUCUGAGCUUUGUUACCUGUGUCCAUUGGUACAUUAUGAAAAUGACUUCUCAGAUAUUUGCGGAAAGCCAUGGAACCCUGUCCUGAAAGGUGGGAUGUGAAAUAGGAGAGACAUAGUGAAGGGAGGGCAUGCUAAGGACAACAUGACCUUUGACAAGCCCCCAAUCUCACCCUUACUCCCCUUCUCUCACAAGAUAGAAAUUCUAGUACUACCUCAUCUUAGAUGUGAAGCUUUGACCUCGUAGCAUCAAAAAUAAUAGAAUUCAGCCCUCUGCAUUCUGCAAUGGGUUGGUGGCUUUACAAACAAAACCUAUGAAUUUCAAUAUUCCCAUGAUCCCAAGGUAUAACCUGGUUUAUUACAUCCUGAAAGUUUCAGAAGCUAACUCCUAGCCUUGGCCUCUGUAUAUUAAAAAUUACCCAUGAUAGUGGGAUUUAUUACCUGUAGUAAUAGGGAUUAGAUAUAUAUUUUAAUAGCUCUGAAGAAGUAGAAUACUCCUUAUCCUCCCUCUGGUCUCAGUUUCCUUAUAUGUAAAAUGAGAGAUUGGAUUAGGUAGGCUUUGAGGUAUCUUUUUGUUCUAGAUAUCUCUGAUCCAUCAGGAGUAAGGGCAGUGUAUUGACUUAGAAAAUCACAUAUCAGCAUUAUUUAUGUUGCAAUGUCUUUUUAUUUAUUUUAUUAAACAUUUUCCAAUUACAUUUUGAAUUGGAUGGGCCAGACUCAGGAAUUUUGCACCUUUUUGACUUUGACAACUCUGCAUCUUAGGACUUGGGUUUGAAAUCCAGCUUUGCUAAUUGCUACUGAUGUGAUGUUGGGCAAAUUACUUCAUCUUCCUGGAUGCUGGCUUCCUCAUUUGCAAAGUGAGAGUCCUUUCAAGAUUUCACAUCCUAUUUUCCUGAAGAAUCAAAGGAUACUACCACCUUCAGUAAGCUUCAUACAUAACCUUUGUAACACAAAGACUUUUUUUUUAAGUGAGGCAGUUGGGAUUAAGUGACUUGCCCAGGGUCACACAGCUAGUAAGUGUUAAGUGUCUGAGGACGGAUUUGAACUCAGGUACUCCUGACUCCAGGGCCGGUGCUCUAUCCACUGCACCACCUAGCUGCCCCAACACAAAUACUUUUAACAAAUACUUAAGUGCUUGCCAUGGAAUUCAAAGAUAAGGUUGAUUCUUCCUUCAAGGAGAUUACAGACUAAUAGAGAAAAUAUGAUACAUAGACCAGUAAGUGUGAUAAAAGGUAGUGAAUGAUUAAUAUUUUUUAAAAAGGAGAGAUCUACACAAAAUACUUUAGGAAAACUAGAUAAGCAAAAGAUCAUUGGGUACUUAGGUUGAACAGAUCCAAGUGGAAAAAGUCCUUACCAUCAGCAUUGGGUCAUGACCUAUAGCAUAGAUGAGCAAACAUUUAUAUACAUUUCCCAUCUACCACCAACAACCAUUUCUCCCACACAAUAUCCUUCUACCUCACAGUGUACCACAAUUCUAUGAUAUGAGAUCAAAGUCAUAGACACCUAAUUCCAUGCAGAAAUCAUCCAAACAAUAAUUUCCUAAGGCAAUCUCAGCAUCCAGCCUAAUCCAGCCUAAGAGUCGUGGACACAUGGCCCAGAGAAUGGCAUAGAAACUAAUGGGUUGGGCAUAGUGUAAGGUCAGAAAUAAAAGGAGUCCAUGUCUUAUGAUUAGGAAGCUCCAAUUAAGUAGAUCAUUUUUAUUGAGCCUCAGUUUCGAUCCACCUGCAAUGUUCUCCUUCUGGCAGGAUAAUUGGGAAAUACCUUUUCCCCCUAGUCUCUGGGGAAUUAAUGAAUUGUGAAAGGCAAUUAGAUGGGAAAGAAUGGCUUUCUGGAGGAGUCAUUCAUCCUAUCUGACUUGGCUUUUGCUAGGGAAGUCACUGAAGCUGAUGUGUCAACUCUUACUCUGCCUAUGUAGGACUUUUCAGCCUGCUUAUUAAAGAAAGAAAAUGACAUUCUGGUGGCUAAAAAUUCAUCACAAUGGAGUGGAUUUGAUCCUCCAAAACUGUUUCUUAUUAUAAACAGGCGGCCGCUUGCAUUGCAUUUCAACUUCUACACUUCAGAUAGACCUAAUGCUCUUGCUCUUUUAAUAGUUUAAAAGAAAAAUAGUCAGUGACAAAGGCACAAAGAGAUGUCAGAAAGGUUAUGGAAAUGAAGAAAGGAACUAGCAAUUAACUCAAACGUGGGACAAGAGAUUGGACCCAGCUCUAAACUUGGUGUUGGGUCAGAGUUCAGCCUUUGUACAGAAAAUAAAGGGUAGUGCUAAUCCAAAAUGUGGGGGGAGGUCCAGCACCAAUGCUUCAUCAUGUCAUGAAAGUGACCCUGAACUUUUGAAGGAUGUAAACAAUGGAAGAUUUUACAAAGCUGGGACUAGGAUGCUUUCUAAGGAUCAACUUACCUAAAUAUGGAAAGGAUUAUCACUCAUAGACCAGUCACCAAGAAAUGAAAAUUUGGGUCAGAUAUGACCUUAUAUGACCAAUUUCACUGGGUAAUUCAUAGGAAAAACAUUCACUUUGAGAGACCAGUUCAUUUUGGUGUGCCAAGUAACUAGUUUAUUCGGAUUACAUAGACAGAUAAAUUGAAUAAUUCUAUGGAUAGAAAAAUUCACUUUGGGAAUAGUUUAGACUAGAAAGUUGUCUAGAGAUAAGGGCAGUGUUGUACAAUGGAUCUUGGAGUCAAGAAGACCUGGGUUCAUACCCUUUGCCUUUGCAACAUACUGGCUAUAUAAUCAUGAGCAAGUCACUUAAUGUCUCAGUACCCUAGGCAGGGGUGUAUGGAGUGUUCAAAGAGAACUAGCACCUCUGGUCUGAGGACUGUUGAGUCCUUUCAGGCCUGCUCAUGCACCUUUGGUGUUCACCUUCACCCAACUUUCACCUGUGGCUCCAAGAAGCAGCAGCCACAUCCUGGUAAAACCUUGGCAGAUGAGCUAAACCAAAUUGAGGGUAAUCCACAGGGCUCAAACCAGUUGGUGAAUUGGGGGAGUAUCCACCCCAAGUAUGCUAAGAAAUGGUGAAAUGGAUGGAUAAGAACAUGUUCCAAUGGCCAUGAAGGUGGCUGAAGCAGGCACUAAGGAGCACUUAGAGGUUGGUCAGGCAUCAAAGACUCCAAGGUCAUCUACUAUAUCCCCAGGCCAUUGUCCUGCCACUGGACUUUGAUGACUCUGGAAGAGAAGGUGAUGACUUUGUACAACUCUGCCUCACUUAAAUACAAUUCAUGUGCAAGUUAAGACAUUACCCUGUGGUGCCACUGGUCCUUUUCAAAAAUGAAGAAUGAACAACACCCUGGGCAACUCUCUAAGUCAGGGGUUCCAAACCUGAAAUUCACAGAUUCCUUUCAAGAAUUCUAUGUACUUGGUUGGGGGAAAAGAUAUAUCUUUAUUUUCACUAACCUUUGAUUUGAUUUGUAAUCUUAUGUAUUUCAUUUGAUGCAUUUCAAAACAUGAUUUGUAGGUAUCCAUAGGCUUAAUAAGACUUCCCAGGAGGCCAGGGUUACAAAAAUAAGAAUCCCUAAUGUAGAUCAACUUUUUACAUCAAUCAAUCUAUGUAUAUAAUUGUCAAACCCCCCCCCUUUCAUUUUUGGACUGUGUAGACUCUAUUCAAGUCUCAUCUUUCCAUUCAGCAAAAUGGUCAUUGGUACCAAGCUCAUUAAAGGGACUGUGAGACUUAAUAUUUGCAAAGCACUUGGAGAUUCUUCAAGUUAAGACCAAAGGUUUAUGUGGAAAAUGUCAUCAACAGGGAAGAAUUUGAGAUUGACCUUUUAAUUUACUAUGACUAUGCAAAGGCAAAUUUAAAAGCUCAGAUUUACAAAAGAUCAAGUUAGCAAGAAAGCCCUAUUUAAAUGACACCAAAUCUAGAUACCUUUUCAAUAAGUUAAUUAGUCUGGCCUGGUGCUUUUAAAAUCGACAAAGAUGGGACAAGGCAGGGAAUAGUUUAAGUUGCAAAGAACCAGACCUUCACUGACUCAUGGACAAUUUCCAUUGUGUGGUUCAACUAUGCCCCACAAGUCAUCACCUCAGCACAAAUGGCUGACAUUUGAUUCACAAGUAUAUUUGAACCACCUCUGACAUGAGCUGAAAACAGGUGGAGAGCCUUUAAAUUAGCACUAGAUAAACAAAGGAGUAAUAUCUGAGAGGAAAUGGCCUUCCUGGAGGUGAGCAUAUAAGACCCAGUUAAAGAAACAGAAAGCUAAGUAAGCAGCCAUCUGUUUCCCCAAAAUAGACAUAAUUAAUCCCUAGGGCUUACCUUCUAGAACUCUCAUAGAAUUCUACAAGGUUUAUUGCAAUCAAUGUCCAAGUGAGGAAAAAAAGAAGGAAAAAAACAACCCAAGACCAUUGGAGCAUAUGCUAGGAUUCCUAAACAUGUUACUGAACAUAGAAUGAAUUUCACAGGAUCCCAAUGAACCUACAUACCCUUGAAAAAAUGCCCCAUAAUGCAACAUAAUAGAUACAUAUGAUCCACCAAAAAAUCACUAACCAGAUUCUAGGCUGGUUGUAAAAACCUUGUGUCAUACCCGAUCAUUAACUCUCCAGAAAAGAAUAAUGGAAAUAUAAAGGCUUCUUUGAGAAGCUGUCAUUCAAAUAAUAUGUAUGUAGAACCUUAUAUUAACAAGGCAUUUUUACAUACAUUGACACCCUUGACCCUCAUGGCAAUCCUUCAAGAUAGUAAAAGUAUUAAAGAUAGAGAUAUAAAGAUGGAUAGAUAGACACAGAGAGAGAGAGAGAGAGAGAGAGAGAGAGAGAGAGAGAGAGAGAGAGAGAUGAUAAAUAUAUCACUAAGCUGGAAGGUGCUUUAGACUUCACAUAAUCCAAACUCCAUUUCAGACAUGAUGAAAACGAGGC